CAAACGAACCCUAAACACUCAGAUUCAAGGUCCAAAAAUGAAGCGACAAGAUUAAAAGUUAGGUUGAUUGACAUUACCUUGAAAAACCACUGUACGGAGUAAUAAUAGGAAGGUAAAUCGGUGCACAGGACAGAGGAAUAGCGCUGUAGUAAGAUUGCCAGAAGAUUUGGUAAUCAAUUUUUUCAAAGAGAAGAUUAAGGAUGUGUGGAAAAGGAAGAGGAUUACAACUGAGAGUGGUAUGAGGAAUCGUAGAUUAAUGGAGAGUGGUACGAGGAAAUGUGAAUCAUUGAUGAGUGGUGCAAGGAAACUUGGAUUGGUGGAGAGUGGUUCAAGGGAAUGUAAAUUAACUGAAACAUGGGCGGGCAAGAGGAAACGCGGGCGGCCAAAAGGGAGUAAGAAUAGAGUUGUCAGUGAAAGGAGGGUUGAGUUUGAGUAUCAAGAAGAGGAUACCAGAGAUCAUAUGAUGGAUGAGAUUGACAAUGGUGAAGCUAAGCGACUAAAGCUGGAGGGUAGCUUGUUUAAGCAAAACAGUAAAAAUAGAGGUAAUCAGGUCAAAGAAGCUGCUCAAGUGCUGAAGGUGCGCUUGAAUGAUAAUGGGAACUCUCAAUUGAGGGUUCAUUGUCGAGUUAAUGCAUUUGGGAAACUAUGCAAGUCCUUUGAUGAACGGAGGAAGAAGUGGGUGAGACAAAUGGGAUUUGGAGGGUUGCUUUUCCUGAUGGACAGCUGGCUUCCGAUGAACCUUUGCUAUUGGUUGAUGACCCGGAUGGAUCCCUUUAAUCAGCUUUUCAUAUCCCCAGAUGGACAUGAGUACAAACUAUCCAAGGAUCAAGUCAGGUGGAUCCUUGGCAUUCCAAAAGGCAGCAAGGUUGUUCCUAGGAAGGUGACGAGUACGGAAAUGAGAAGCAAAGUCAGUGAUAUUGAGAGGAAAUUUGGGAAAGAAUGGGAGCUUAAGCGGAUAAAAAGUGGGAGAGUUAACAAACUGAAGGGAAUAGUUAUAGAAGGUGCCUUGCUUGAAAAAGCGAAGGGCAGUUGGGAGGAAGAGGAUGAAGAGGAGUUCAAGACUCUUUUCUUGAUCUUGGCAUUGCAUAUGAUUCUUUGUCCGCCACUUUCUUCCGUGUUGGAUAAUGAUUUGUUACCUGCAUUGUCAUGUGCUAAGCAAGCAUGGAAUUAUGACUGGUGUGGAUUGGUGUUGGAGAAGCUUUUUGACAGUGCCUACAAAUUUGGGAACAAGUUCUAUGCUGAUGGAUUUGCAAAAGGAUGUGGAGGGUGCAGUAUUUUCCUAGCAAUAUUUUACCUUGACCGGUUACACAGAGAUCCGGUGAUGUGGGGAAAAUGGCCGAGAAUAAAAGCAUGGACAAAAGAGGAGAUGGUGAAAGCUGAGAUGGAAGAUCGGGUUCUGAAGGGGGAUUUUGGCAAUACAGGGUGCAUCGAUGUAGCAUAUGGUGAAGAACACCCUUGGGAGGCUAAGGAUAUGGAUGACUUGACAUCAUUUCCUGAGGAGGGAUUAGGCCUCAUUAUUCGAUCCCAACGGCCACAGGAAGAGGAAGCAAGUUUGGAACUUAAUUAUGUCGGUUACAACAGGGAGAAAAGGACAUCAGAAAUGAAUCCUAUGUUGUGCAAAUUGGUUAGGGAUAAACAAGAAGAAAGUCUCCUGGCUAGUGUGCCUAAUAAGUUAGCUCAGACUACAGAGGACCCCAUUCUUUCCAUGGUUGUAAAAGGGGGGCAAUUUUCACAAUCAGGAGGAAAUUCUAGGGAUGAUGAUGCUCAGGAAGAGGUGUCACAGCCUCAGAAGAGUCCUACUCUGUCAUUGAUUGAUCAUGGUAAGCAUAGCUCGUGUUGUGUGCUUUCAUUCUUCAAUGCUGAUGUGAGGUCUAUUGAGGGGGAACAACAGAGUGAGGAUUCUGAGGAAGAUGGUAACAGAGAUGGCAGAAAUAUACCAUUGGCUAAAGAGGUCCUAGAGGGUACUAAAUGUAUAGUGAUGAUGCAGCCUUUGGGUGGAAAUAUUACGCCAUCUACUCCAGUGGAAGUGACAAACACAUCACAUAAUUUAGAUGGGAGUACAGAUCAUAGUAUCAAAGGGGCUCCUAGUUGUUUAGCUUCCUUGUGUACUGUAGAUGCGGAUCUUGAUAAUCCUGGGAUAAUCAAGGAUGACGAGGCAAGUGAAAACUUUAACCCCUUUGAAGUGGUUAGUUCUGAACUUGAAUGUAGGAUAAGUAAGCUUGAGAGUGUUUUUUCUAGGAAGAAAGCAGCUAUGUCAAAAUUUAAGCAAGGUCUAGGAAGGAAUUUGUGUGUGAUUAAAGGAAUUUAGUAAAGUCUCUUGGUAGUAAGCUUAUGAGAAACAUCUUCUGCAAGGCAACUGAUCAGUGACCAAAAGGAGAAAAGGUAAUUGUUUUGGUAAGCUUCUUCAUGUCUAGUUCUGGUUUAUAUGUGUAGAAUAUAAGGUAAAACAAGCAACUCGGCUCUCUUGUGACAACCAACCGAGCAAAAGGAAAGAAGGUUUGUUUCAGUUCAUUUCAAUUGUAUUAAUUUAAAAGCGUUUCAUGAGACAUGGACUGAUGAACGUUGCUGUCUUGCUGAUAAUUAAUGCAAAGAUCAUUAGUUCUUUGUUUUCUUUCCUCUGUUUCUUUUCUUUAGGUGAUCUUCUGUAUAGCUGUUUAAGGGAAAGACAUACCGUAUCUUGAUAACUAAGAGUCUACGAAAAAUAGCAAGAAAUACCACGUUCUCCUUCUUCCCUUCAAGAAAGGUGAAUCUGGUCCAUAUGUUACAAGAUUCAGGAUUCUAUCAACACCGGCAAAAAAUAUCAGCUAACUAUGAAGAGUACAUUAAUUAUAACCCAGCAUAGUCAAUCAGUUAUACAAUUAUCAUUUUUGGUUCAUGAAGUGUUACUGUGUUAGCACUGCAAUAUACUUGUUACAUUUUUUAAACAUGCAAGUGAAGAAAAUGUACCUUUUGGCAUUCUGCUAAUAUCUAUAAUAAUUCUGUC